AUGGACUCCCUCCCCUUCGAACUCGUCUCCCAAAUCCUCACCAACCUCCCCCCAUCAGACUAUAAAUCCGCCCGCCUCACCUGCCAAGCUUUCAACGCUGCCCUCGCAAAACCAACAUUCACCACCCUCGCCACAUUCAUCGACCCAAACACCGCCCAGCAAACCAUAGAAAAACUCGCCGCAGACCUCAACCGCCGGCCGAAAGCCAUCUGGUCCCCCGGCUGCUCCGUCCCUCGGGGGCUGCCCGUCCCGGAAAGCUUCCUCUUCGCAAUGCACGUCGCGCUGCGCGGCACACCGUGCCCCAGCCCGGCUACAUCAAGGACCUCGUCUGUGUCAUCGGCGGCGUGGAGCGAUGGCGAGGACAGUGAUGUUGUUUCUGAGGCGGAUAGUGUGACGGCGUGGAACUUUGGGAGCACGGUUGGGAUGGAUGAUGUUACGGAGGAGACGCUGCGGCAGGCAUUGUUUCGGUAUUCGUUGUAUUUGAGUUACAUCUAUGAUGGAGAGGGCGAGGCGCCGCAGCUGUGGGUGAUGAAUUCGAAGAAAUGGGCACAGCAGCGAUGA